AUGUUUGGUGUUGGUUUCAUCGCCUGGGUAUGGGAUGCAUUUGAUUUCUUCACUGUCUCUCUUACUAUAACGGAGAUAGCUACUGAAUUUGGAGUAACAAAUUCGGAAGUAUCAUGGGGGUUGACCGUGACACUUAUGCUGCGCUCCGUCGGCGCCAUCAUCUUUGGCCUAUUUGCGGAUAGAUAUGGAAGAAAGUGGCCAAUGAUUAUAAACUUGGCCCUCUUCGUCUUCCUAGAGCUAGGCUCUGGGUUCUGCCACAAUUUGACCCAAUUCUUAGCUGUCAGAUCUCUAUAUGGAAUUGCUAUGGGAGGCCUCUUUGGCCCUGCUGCUGCGACUGCAAUGGAAGACCUACCCUAUGACGCUCGUGGCAUUGCCUCUGGGCUUUUUCAACAGGGAUAUGGUACGGGUUAUAUGCUUGCAGCCAUAUUCUAUCGAGCAUUCGUACCAACCACCAAGUAUGGAUGGCGAAGUCUCUUCUGGUUUGGCUCUGCACCCCCAAUUCUUAUCAUCAUCUGGAGAUGGUGCCUCCCAGAGACCCGCCAUUUCCAAGUGAUGAAAGCGGAGCGAGAGAGCCGAGUCUUAGCUGAGGAGGCUGCAUUGCAACCUUCUGGCACUUCUGACACUAUCCCAAAAUCUCGUAUGAGUGGACUCCGUGCUUUCUGGAAAGAGUCUGCUCCGGGACUCAAAGAAAAUUGGUUCCUCAUGGUCUACCUCGUCGUUAUCAUGACGGGUUUCAACUCUUGCUCUCACGGGAGCCAAGAUUUCUAUCCAACUUUCCUCAAGGACCAAGUGGGCAAAACGGCAACACAGACGACAGUCAUCGUUGUGGCUGGCACCCUAGGCGGCGUCAUCGGUGGCACAUUGAUAGGAUGGAUCAGCACAUUCCUCGGGAGACGGCUCACGAUGAUGAUAAGCUGUGUAUUCGGUGCCGCGCUCAUUCCAGCAUAUAUAUUGCCCAGGUCUAAUGCGUUGAUCGCAUCGUCUUUCUGGCAGCAAUGGUUCAUCGGUGGAGUUUGGGGGCCUAUUCCUAUCUAUCUUUCGGAGCUAUCCCCUCAAUCUUUACGUGGCUUAUUGGUUGGAUUGACCUAUCAACUGGGUAACCUCGCUUCAUCCGCAUCUGCCACUAUUCAAGCUAUUAUUGGCGAGAGGUUCCCGUUGCCUGAUGGGCCGCACGGGAAGAAGAGAUUUGAUUACGGAAAAGUCAUGGCCAUAUUCAUGGGGGCUGUAUGGGUGUUUUUGUUGGUUUUGUUACUCCUAGGACCGGAGAUGUCACAGGAAGAGAGGGACGAGGAAGAGGCAGCUGCUAGGGAAUUAGAAAGGCUGCGGAGAGAGGGUAAGACCUUGGAGGAGAUUGGGAGGGAACGGGCAGGGCUAGCCAACGUAAAGGUGUUGGAGAAUGAAGACGUUAAGGAGCCAACAACUCAUCAUAUGGACGAAGUGCCGGUUGAGAAGGCUGUCUAG